AUGACUUCUCCCGACAAGGAGGCCGGGGUCUCUUUCGCUGCAGGAAGUUCACGACACCUGAGUCCGCCUCCAGCCGGACUCCGCCAACGUCCACUUCAGCGCGCCGCAACUUUCGCUGAACCGACUCUAAAUCGCCGAAGGAGUUCCAUCUUCUCGGAAUCUUUGUCGGAUGCCAAGAGAUCCAUCAGAUCCUCUACCGAUGACCUCUUCCUACCACGCGCAACUACGACCACGGACGUCCACGACAAUGACGAGAGCUCGCACUGGCAUUCACUGCCGUUAGGACUGGCUCUCUUUCCUGCCGUCGGCGGUCUGUUUUUCAAGGAUGGAAGUGCCAUUAUCACAGACGUGACACUUCUGGUGAUCGCAGCCGUCUUCAUGAAUUGGGCUUUGCGAAUGCCUUGGGAGUGGUACCGUGCAGCGCAAACCUUGCUGCCCACCGAAACAACAUCCUCUUCGCCGCCAACGCCAAUCCCAGAGGAGGAUGAGUCCGUAUUGUCGGAUGGUGCACCGGAGACUAGUCCGUCCAGGGCCAAGGUGGACAAGACGGCGGACAGACACACCGAGCCACUUCUGGCAAACAGGACCGCGGCAGAAACCGAGCUCAGACUACAUGAACUUGCGGCUCUCUGCUCAUGCUUUUUGUGCCCUGCCCUGGCUGCUUGGCUCUUGCAUGCCAUUAGAUCCCAACUAUCAAGGCCAUCAGAGGGCUUGGUUUCCAACUACAAUCUUACUAUCUUUCUGCUGGUCGCCGAGAUCAGGCCCAUGUCCCAUCUCAUCAAGAUGAUACAACGAAGAACCCUGUUUCUUCAACGAAGAGUGAACCUGGAAACGCUUCAGGACAGCAGCCAUCCUGUUGGUCCACACAUGGAUAAUCUCCUGGACCGCAUCGUGGAGCUAGAAGCCCACGUGGCUGAUAAUAUCGCAGCUCAAGAGGCUCCACCAACUCAUUCACCAGAGCAAACCGUUGCGAGAGCUUCCGCGCAAGCCAUUGCUGAUGUCAGGAAGAUCGUUCAGCCAGAGCUGGAUGCCCUCGGCCGAGCAAUGCGCCGCUAUGAGAAGAAGUCAACAGUCUCGGCUGUUCAGAUUGAAGCACGGUUGCAGGAGCUAGAGGUUCGUGUCGGUGAUGUGGUAGUGCUGGCCGCUGCUGCGCAACGCAGUGCGGAGAAGCAGCCCAUGAAAUACUAUCUGGUCGUCGUCAAUUGGCUGUGCGCUGCAAUCGUCAUCCCUCUGGAGGCGGCGAAAGCGGUUCUUCUACUGCCCUCGAGGCUAUACUCGCAACUGAUUUCUGCAAUUUCGCCCUACGUGCCAUGGGUAGGUCGACCCAGAAGAUCACGCGAAGGGAAAGCGCCCCGGAGAGUCACCAAGGCUCCAAGUCAUGAUCGAGACAAGAGAGCCAAGCCAGCAGCCUGA